AUGAGAACACUGUCGUUGCGUGGUGUUCAACUACAUUCAACUAUGGAAGUUUUAUUUUGUAAUGUAAACGAACGUGAAGCUAGAUAUAAAUUAAAUCCAUAUGGUCAAACUGAUUAUUGUUUUUGUUUUUAUCCUAUGAUUGAUGAUAUUAGGAUGGAUAAUAGGAAAGAUUUAGAAUCAUCAAUAUCAUUAUUAACUUCAAUAGAUACUACAUUUGGUUAG